GAAAAUUCAAUUUGCUCCGUCAUUGAACGAAGGUAGAAGAAGAGUAGCAGCGAUAAUUAAGUAUAGCAAAUUUCGCAGAGAAUGGCGUUUAGGCCUUUCGGGAAGGACGUAGGUCCGUCGAUGAGCUCUAAGCCAUCGCCGUUUACACCGUUCGGUGCUUCUGCUCCCACUAGUGAUUCUCCAAUUCAACCACCGUCUUCUCAAAACCCUUCAGCCUUAGCAGGACAAUCUUUUGGACCAGGUGGAAUUCAAAGUGGUCCUCCAGUUCAGCGAGCGCCACCUCCUUUGGCUUCUCAAAACCCUCCACCCUCUAUAGGGAAACCUUACCGACCAGGUGGGGUUCAAAGUAGUCCUCCAAUUAAUCGAACACCAUCUCCGUUGGCUUUUCAAAAUCCCUCACCCUCCUCAGGACAACCUUACCAACCUGGUGGAAUUCAAAGGAGCCCAGAACCUUUCAAUGGAAUAGCAUGGGGUUCAGAAGCUUUUCCACGUCCAAGCCCCUCUGUGAGACCUUACCAAUUUCCUGGAGUUCAAAGGCCUGCUUUAAAUCCUCAAUUUGGGCACGAUGGAUCAAGGAAUUUCUUGAAAGAUCAUGGUGAACAUAGUCGAGCCACGUCUUCACCUGCUACAUCUCACAUUCUUUCCAGAAUGGGAACUGAUGCUGUUGAGAUAGGUCGAUCACAAGAUUCAAAAAGAAAAAGUCGGUCAGAUAUUCUUCCGGAUCAGACUAUGGGGUUUUCUAGAAGAAAUCAAUCGCCAGUAUCAGGUUUUGAGAAUGGGAACUUGGUAGAUGGUUUUCAGCCACCUUCUAGCCAAACUUGGAUGCGCUCUCUGUCUUCUGCGGAGAAUAAUCCCGUGAGGUCGAGGAGCAAUCCCAAUCGGUUGAUUCAUCAAGAACAAACCCGAAACUCGCCAUUCCCCUAUGCACAUGAAGUAGCUGAAAUUCAGGAAGCUACAAGAAGAAAGUCUUCGGCUAUAGCACCUUCUGACAAACCCCUCGGAGAUGACCCCAUAUUGUCUCAACAUGACUCUCAAAGGUUUUCGACAUCUCCUCCUACGUCAGGCACAAAGACAUAUAUGCUUUCAAGAAGUUCAGAUUCUCAAUUUCCUGGGCAGCCCUCCUCUCUAAAUAGUUUCAAUAAUACGGGUAAGACAAGCAGUUCACCUGCAACAAAAAGGACGAGAUCUCCACCUGUAUAUCCAGUUGAAGAGGAUAUCCAGCGAAACUCUUUCCCUUCUCAAGAUUGUACGGAAGGAGAAGAGCAAGCCAGGGCAAAGAGACUGGCCCGCUUCAAGGGUGAACUGGAGCCUAUUGCAGACCGACCUGUUGAUACUCAACUUACUAAAUCACCUGUAAAUAAAACUAUGAAGCCUCUGGACAACAAACAAACAUUCAAUUCACUUGAAUCAAGUAGGGAUGCCCUGAAGGGAGAUGCCUUGCCUGAUUAUGAAAGCUCGGAGCAGCCCUCUCUUAUCAUUGGAUUAUGCCCUGACAUGUGUCCUGAGUCAGAACGGGGGGAGCGUGAGAGGAAGGGUGACUUGGACCAUUAUGAGCGUGUGGAUGGAGAUAGGAACCAGACAAGCAAAUCCCUUGCUGUGAAGAAAUAUACGAGGACGGCGGAGCGAGAAGCAAUUUUGAUACGACCAAUGCCAAUCCUGCAAAAUACAAUGGAAUAUUUGCUGAGUUUGCUAGACCGACCUUACAAUGAAAACUUUCUUGGCAUGUACAAUUUCUUAUGGGAUAGGAUGAGAGCUAUUCGUAUGGAUCUAAGAAUGCAACAUAUUUUCAACCAAGAAGCUAUUACUUUGCUGGAGCAAAUGAUAAGACUUCACAUCAUUGCAAUGCAUGAACUAUGUGAAUAUACGAAAGGAGAGGGCUUUUCGGAGGGUUUUGAUGCACACCUGAAUAUUGAGCAGAUGAACAAGACAUCUGUUGAGUUGCUUCAAAUGUAUGAUGAUCACAGGAAGAAAGGAAUAACUGUUCCUACUGAAAAAGAGUUUCGUGGCUAUUAUGCCCUUCUCAAACUCGACAAACAUCCUGGCUAUAAGGUUGAACCUUCAGAACUUUCUCUUGAUCUUGCCAAUAUGACUCCAGAAAUAAGGCAAACUUCAGAAGUUCUCUUUGCCCGCAAUGUAGCCAGAGCUUGCAGAACUGGCAAUUUCAUCGCCUUCUUUCGCCUUGCACGGAAAGCAAGCUAUCUUCAAGCAUGUCUAAUGCAUGCUCAUUUUUCGAAACUAAGAACUCAGGCACUUGCCUCUCUGCACUCGGGUCUCCAAAUUAAUCAGGGUCUCCCAGUUUCAGAUACGUCAAAGUGGAUAGGGAUGGAGGAAGAGGACAUAGAAGCCCUGUUGGAGUACCAUGGGUUUUCGAUAAAGGUGUUUGAAGAGCCAUACAUGGUAAAAAAUGACCUAUUUCUCCAUGCUGAUAAGGAUUACAAAACAAAAUGCUCAAAACUUGUUCACAUGAAGAAGUCAAGAACCAUAGUGGAAGAUGUUUCUGCUCCCUCAGUAGAGGAAGAUGUUUCUACUCCCUCUCCAUUGCCUUCCUUGAUCACAGAAACAACUAACGGAAAUCAACAGUGUAUUACCGCCCAUAAACAGGAAAUGCCGCCUGCCAGAAGUCUUAAGAAACAAACAUCAAUGCGUCUAUUUGAUAAAGAAAUGGCUGACUCCAAGACUUCCCUCUCACCAGAGGAGGACAAGCCAGUGAGGCCAUUUGUUAUAAAUCCAGCAGGGCCAUCCUUUAUAAAUCCAGUUGUGCAUCAACAGACACAAAAUGACCUUACAUCAGCUGGUGGAUUUCAUUCUCCCGUGAAGCUAUAUUCUCCUAUUGUUUCCCCUAGAUUUCCUCAAACUAAAUCCUCGAAUUUGGAGAAACAACCUAAUGACGGUCGCAUUGGUAUGUCUCCUGGGGAAAUUAAAUUUCCAUUUGCAGGGGAUGUACAUACGAAUCAUGUGCCUGGACCAGCUUUGCGACAAAGUCUGAAGUCUAUGCCAAUGGAGAUUAUGCCUGUAACUACCAUUGCAGAGUCUCCGACUGUAGAAAACAAAUAUGCUUUGGAAGAAUCCGUACCUGAAGCUGCAAUGAUUUGUACCUUGGAAAAGGACUUCCAUGACAUUGACCAGGAAGAUGAGGAUGAGAAUGGGGUCAUCUUAAAUCAGUAUGAUGAGGAAGUGGCAAAGGCAAAACUCAAGUUGAUCAUAAGAUUAUGGAAGCGGUGGUCUUCACGUCAAAGUGAAUUGCGGGAGCGUCGACAGUUAGCAGCAACUGCUGCACUGAAUUCACUAUCCCUGGGUACUCCUAUCCGAUUUAGCAAAACUGAUCAAUCAAGGGCGUGUGGUGAGUUUAACAUUGAUCAAGCCAUGAAGAGGAGAUUUGAAGAACGCGAGAAAUCAUGGUCAAGGCUGAAUAUUUCAGAUGUGAUAGCUGAUAUACUAGUUGGAAGGAAUCCAGAAUCAAAAUGCAUAUGCUGGAAGGUCAUCUUAUGUACUCAGACUAAAUCAGUAAACACAGCAUCUUCUGCAAGUCAGGUUACACAUUCAGCAGCCAGUCGAUGGUUAUCAUCAAAGCUUAUGCCUCAUGCAGAACAUAGUCUCAAUGAUGAUAAUCUGCUGUUUUCAGCUCCCGGUGUGUCGGUAUGGAACAAAUGGGUUGCAAAUGGGUCUGACAUAGAUUUCACAUGCUGUCUCUCAGUAGCUAGGGAUGUGGAGGCUGAGAAUGAUAUGUGUGAGACAACAUGUGGUGCAAGUGCAGUCCUUUUCCUUGCAUCUGGAGGCCUCCCUUUGAAUCUUCAGAGAGAACAGCUUAACCGCAUUCUUGAAUCAGUACCCAACGGUUCAGUUCUUCCCCUUCUCGUAGUAAUCAGCUCAUGCAAUGGGGAACAUAUGGAGCCUGAUACCGAUCUCGUCUCGGGACUAGGCCUCCAUGAUAUUGACAAGUCAAAGAUUGCAAGCUUUUCCAUCGUUUCUAUUGCUAAUAAGUCGCAAAAGGGGCAGGAAGUUCGUUUUUUCAACGAUUCACGGCUAAGAGAUGGGAUUAAAUGGCUGGCGAGCAAUUCACCUCUGCAACCAAAUCUUCAUCAUGUUAAACCCCGGGAACUGGUUCUGACCCAUUUCAGUUUUUCCCUGGAGUUGCUUAAGCAGAUGCCAGAUCAGGAGGUUGGUCCUAACAUCUGCAUAUCAGCCUUCAACGACGCAUUGGAAACAUCACGAAGAAACAUCACUUCUGCUGCUGAAGCAAAUCCCAUCGGUUGGCCUUGCCACGAGACGAAGUUGCUCGAGGAUAAUAGAAAAGAACGUUUAAUGGUGAAGCGGUAUCUUCCCAACCUGGACUGGAGCAGUGCAGAGAACGUUGAACCACUCAGUUCCGUGCUAGAGAAUUGUAAGCUCCCGUAUUUUGAAGAUGAUUUGACAUGGUUAACCGUAGGAUGUGCUUCUGGUGCUGAGAUAGAGAACCACACGCAACGGCUUGAGGGAUGCUUAGUUGAGUACUUAUCACAGAGAAGCAAUAUUAUGGGAGCCUCAUUAGCUACCAAAGAAACAGGAGUGAUGAUAGAAAGAAACACUAGACUCGAACUCCAUAACUCAAGCCGCUACCAUAUCAUCCCAAGAUGGAUUGGUAUCUUCCAGAGGAUCUUCAACUGGCGGAUAAUGGGUUUGUUUGAUGCAUCGUCUUCCUCAGCUUACGUACUGAAGUCUGAUCUCACCAUGUCAACUUCAAGCUAUGCAGAUAAAUUCUUGGCUGAAGAUGCAUCAUACCCAUCUUAUCGUCCAAAUCUUCCAUUGCUUCAUGAAAUGAUACAAAUCAGCUGCAGCCCCUUCAAGUCGUCUCCUCGAUAUGAUCACAAAGCCCAGAGAGUUGUCGAAUCGGUUGAGACAGAAAUGGUCAUCGAUGAUCAUAGAGAUAUAGACGAGUCUAUUUUGGAGAAGAGCAGCGAAGCUUAUAGAGGGACUGAUCUGAUGAUAACUGAGGAUGAUGAGUUAGCCGAUGGAACCGAGAGAUCACGGAGAAGUAAAGGUAAAGAAGCUGCAGAGAAGAAGACGAUAGAUAAGAGAGAGAGAGAGAGAUUAGAUGAAUUGUUGGAGAAAUGUAACUUGGUACAGAAUAGCAUAGCCGAGAAGCUCUGUAUUUACUUCUGAUUUUCUUCAACCCUUUGUUGUUAAUACUUAAUGUUGUUGUUGCAUGUCAGUUUUUGCGUAAGUAGGUAUUUGCUGGAAUCA